AUGCGGCUGUCAUUCCUCUUUCUGUUUUUCGGAAUUUUCCUUAUCCUUGUGACGGCUUCCGAGGAUAAUGAGACGAGUGAGGAAAGAGAUGCGAAGUCGAAUGAGGUUGACAAUGAUGCUUCAACGAGUAUUGAAGACGAAGAAUACGACGAAGAUGACGAUGAAAGUAAUCCUUUUUCGUUUGAUGAAGAUGAUGAGGAUGAGGAUAAAGAAGUCGACGAAAUCGUUGACUCGAAACCGAUUGAUUAUGAAGGAGAUCCGAUUGGAGAGUGGGAUGAAGAAGAGCCGUUAGAACCAUUGGAACUCGAUUCAGAAGACGAGGAAGAACUCGGUGAUGACAAAGAUGACUUUAUCGAAUUUCAUAAAACAUUUAAAGAAAACGUGAAAAAGGCCGAGAUGAAACAGACCGUCCAGAACUUCAAAAUCAACAACAAAGAGCUCAAAGAGUUGCAACAAGAGAAGAAAAAUUUCAAGAUUGGCAAGAGUCCAUUCAUGUACAUGUCACAGAAAGAGAUUGAUGGGCUAUUCGCUCCUGAUUCAAUGUUUGAGAAUCGACCUAAACCGACGAAAAUGCUCAAAUCGGGAUUGAAAGUGGUAAAGAACGAGCACAAGCGAUCAACUAGAGGAGCAAGAAGACAGCCCCGACGACGCACCCGCAAAGUGAAACUUCCAAAAAAUUUUGAUUGGCGCACGAAAAAUGUGCUUUCACCUAUUCGCGAUCAAGGCAGCUGUGGAAGUUGUUGGGCGUUCAGCGCCACCGCUCCGAUCGAAGUAGCUUAUGCCCGAAAGUACAAAAAGAAGAUCGACUUGUCGGAAGAGCAAUUGCAAUGUGUAUACAACGAGGGCACAAUGUGCACGGGAGGGCAUCCGGAAACAGCUUUGAAUUAUUUACUGAACAGCAAAGGUCAAGCCACGGAGAAGUCGAUCCCCUACAAAGGGUGCCGUAAUUCGACGUGCAGGAGAAAUAUAAACGUUGCUGCACAGCUGGAAAGUUUCGCCACUUUGAUGCCCUUCCAAAUGGCCAAAGUCAAGCACGCCUUAAUCAAGAAUGGACCGAUUUCUUUUGGAAUGCUGGUGAAUCAGGAUUUCCAAUUCUAUGAGAGUGGGAUUUUCGAUGCACCGUGUACAUCAGCGGACGAAGGAGGUCAUGCGAUGACGAUCGUUGGAUACGGUGAAGAAAAUGGCACUCCUUACUGGAUUGUUCGGAAUCAAUGGGGAAAAGAUUGGGGAGAAAAGGGACACAUCCGGGUAAAAGCUGGUGUGAACUUGUGCGGGAUCGAGUCGAGAUACAUGUAUCAAGUUGCGGUCAAA